CUACAGCCGCCGGUACAUUUAGGAGUAUCAAGUGGUUUUAAUGUUCGCCGAAGCGAGCGGAACCUGCCACCAUGGGAUUGCCAUUACCAGCCAAUGUGCUGAAGUGAGCUGGAUUUUCCCUCCGGUUUAACCCCCACCCCUCCUCCAGGGGCCACUCCCCCCUCCAUCCCACCGGAGGACCAGCAAUCAUGGCGGGAAUCAAGCGCGGAUAUGACGGAAAAAUCGCUGGACUAUAUGACCUGGACAAGACGCUCGGCCGUGGCCAUUUCGCUGUGGUCAAACUAGCGCGUCACGUCUUCACUGGUGAAAAAGUGGCAGUCAAGGUGAUUGACAAAACUAAGCUCGACACGGUCGCGACUGGUCACCUGUUCCAGGAGGUCCGUUGUAUGAAACUGGUCCAGCAUCCCAACAUUGUUCGGCUCUACGAGGUCAUCGACACGCAGACAAAACUCUACCUGAUCCUGGAGCUCGGCGAUGGUGGUGACAUGUUUGAUUACAUCAUGAAGCAUGAGGAGGGACUGAAAGAAGAGCUGGCCAAGAAAUAUUUCGCCCAGAUCGUGCACGCCAUCUCUUACUGUCACCGGUUGCAUGUGGUUCACCGUGACCUGAAGCCAGAGAAUGUGGUGUUCUUUGAGAAACAGGGCCUGGUCAAGCUCACCGACUUUGGCUUCAGUAAUAAGUUUCAGCCGGGAAAGAAGCUGACCACCAGCUGUGGCUCGCUGGCUUAUUCUGCCCCUGAGAUCCUGCUGGGAGAUGAGUAUGAUGCACCUGCUGUGGAUAUCUGGAGUCUAGGGGUCAUCCUCUUCAUGCUGGUGUGUGGUCAGCCUCCUUUCCAGGAGGCCAACGACAGCGAGACCCUCACUAUGAUCAUGGACUGCAAAUACACUGUACCUGCCCAUGUCUCCAAUGCCUGCAAAGACCUGAUAAACCGAAUGCUACAAAGGGAUCCGAAAAGGCGAGCAUCGCUGGAGGAGAUUGAGAGCCACGCGUGGCUUCAAGGAGUGGACCCAUCUCCAGCCACCAAAUUCAACACCCCACUGGUGUCUCACAAGAAUCUGUCAGAAGAGGAACACAACAGCAUCAUCCAGCGCAUGGUGCUGGGAGACAUAGCCGACAGAGAAGCCAUCAUCGAGUAAGGCUUCUUGUAGGCUUGUGGUACAAAUGUUAUGAAGCCGGAAACUCUUAUACCCUCAGGCUAAUGUACAGCAUUUUCCACAGAAGAAAUAGCUCUCUGUCAUGCUUUGAUUUUCCUUAAGCGAGACUGUCAUGAAAUGAAAUACUAUAUUAGAAAACACCUCCAGGUUUGUGGAAUCAGCUUUAAGAUUUUGGUGUAAAGGGUGUCAGAGCUCUUCACUUCAAGAUGAGUUAGCUGGACUGGGAAUAGGUAGCAUAAGAGUGUUCAAUCCAUUUUAAAUUACACUACUGUCAGAUAAUAUAUGUCAGCCAAAUGAGCAAUACAAGAACACUAAAGCUUCUAGCUACACAAACUCAAUUUCACACAUUAUUGGGUUCUGAAAUAUUUCCAAAUGCAAUUCAUUACACAACACAAGUUUUCAUAAAUAUAUUUUUUCUUUUUUCUAUUUUUUUAAAUAAAUAUCUGUAUCUGUCAUUACUAAAACAAGCAAUUACUUAAAUUAUCUUUAAAUCAGUUGAGACAUGAGACCUUUGUAAUGAUCUGAAUGUAAUUGGGGAAACCCUAAACAGUCCAAUAGAGUUGCAACCAAAUUCGGCAACUAAAAUUGUUUUGGUUAAUGAUUUCUGCCCUCUAAAACUGUGACGAU